CAGGGCAGCGGAACAGGGUGACCCUGAGUGUUGAGACCCCGCAGCGAUGCUGAGCAGAUUUCUAGGCCCGCGCUACCGAGAACUGGCCAAAAACUGGAUCCCCACAGCCGGCAUGUGGAGCACUGUGGGUGCCGUGGGACUGGUGUGGGUCACGGACUGGCGGCUGGUCCUGGACUGGGUGCUGUACAUCAAUGGCAAGUUUAAGAAGGACGAUUAGGCAGCCCCCUCGCCCACCUCAGGCCUUGAUGGUAGCAUGCGCUGAGGCCUCAGAAACAGCUUAGUUCUGUGGAGGACAUGGAGGAAGUCUUCAUCGAUCCAGGGAGCUCCUGCAUUGACCGACACUGGGGCUGCCUUGACCGGUGCAGCGUCAAACCUUG